UAGUGCUCUGGGAAGGAAGAAGGGCACCCUCUAGGACAAAGAUUCUUUACCUUUUUUUUUUUGGUCAUAGACUCCUUUGGCAGUCUGCUGAAGCUCAGGGUCCCUUCCUGGAAUAGUGUCUAUAAAUACAUUGACUUACAAAGAAAGGCAAGUUUACUAAAAUCUAGUUAUCUAUUUUUAAAAGCCAAGUUCUCAGCCUUCAGGUUAGGAACCUCUGCUCUAAGACUUAAGCAAUACAGGGAUGCAGCUCUUCCACCCCCACAAAGUAUUUUAUACUGUACUCAGCUUAUGGAAUCAGGUGCCAAACAAUGAUUUUUCCCUGCAUAGCCUUUGCAGAUAGCCGUUGAUUACCCAUGGAUAUGCAGCUCUCUUAAUCAUCCACUAUUAGUAUCUCCUAGAAUGCCUCCACUCCCAGGGAUAAGCCAACACUUUCAUGGGGAGAUCACCUUGGGAAUGGAUGGACUAGGGGAAAAGGAGAGGGUGGAAAGGAACAAGGAUUUAUUAACCUUGUGCCAGGCACUUUACAAAUAUUGUCUCCAGUUGAGGAAACUGAAGCCAAUGUUAAUUAAGUGACUUUAUACACUCAUAGCUGGUAAAUGUCUGAGGCAAGCUAUCUAUUGUCUCUUCUUGACCCCAUUUGAGAUUUUCUAGGAAAAGAUAUUGGAGUGGUUUGCCAUUUCCUUCUAUCAUUUGACAGAUUAGGAAACUGAAGCAAACAAGAUUAAGCAAAUUGUCCAGCUAAAGUGCCUGAGGCUGGAUUUGAACUCAUGAAGAUGAAGCUUCCCAAUUCCAAGUCCAGUCUUCUAUCUAGCUCUUAACUAUUGAGGCUUAGUAGAUAACUAGUGGUUCUAGCUGAAUCUCAUAACCAUAGCUUUGGAGCUAGAGAAGACCUCUGAGUUCUCUUUGAACUGAGCACAGAGCAAUCUGAAAUGGAAAAUGACUUGCAAAGUCAUCCAGUGAGGGUGUGAGGGCUAUUUGUGGAGUUAGCUAUCACUCCAACUCUUGUCUUUUGACUCACAGCCAUUCAGGACUUUCCCAGCUAGACCGUUCUUCCUAGGUGGAGACCUAAAGGUAAAUUAGAGCCAGUUUAAUCUGGCAGGGGCCAGAUGUUCCAGUUACUGCUCAUUCUGAGCAGAGUGGAAACUAGACAAGGGGUGGAAACCAAAGAACCCUUCUUUCUCACAUAAAUUGUCCUACCCCAUCAGACUAUUUUCACUGUGUCACCUCCCCCCCCAGUGCCUUGUGAGUUCCUUAUUCUACUCCUUUGCUCCAGCCUGGCCCUUACGACUCCCCAAACUCCUGCUCAUUCCUUGAUGAGCAUUCCCUGUUCCCUUAUACCUACUACUCCUAUCAUCCUCAUCCCAUUCAUGUCCCUCCCCCACUCUUACCUUUUAUUGUGCCCUCUGUUCUAUUGAGAACAGGCUACCCUUUAUAUUAGACCUCUGCUCUCUCCUCACCCACAUUUCUUUGUAUAUAUUUCCUUAUAUGGGUACAUACUGGUUUUCCCCCAAUCGAAUAGAAGUUCAUUGAGGUUAGGGACUUUCCCCAUGUCAUGUUUGUAUCUCCAAGGCACAGCACAGGGCCUGACAUCAAACAAAUGUUAUCGCUGCAUCAAAUCAAAGUAUAAAGAAGAGCUUAAACAAUUUUGGGGAGCUAGGUGGUGAAGUGGAUGGAGCAGCAGGUCUGGAGACAGGAAGACCCCAGUUCAAAUACAGCUCCAAACACGGGCUGUGUGACCUUGGGCAAGUCACUUCACCCUGUUGGUCCCAAUUUCCUCAUCUGUAAAAUGAGUUGGAGAAGGAAAUGGCAAACCACUCCACUCUCUUUGAAAAGAAAACCCUAAAUGGAGUCAUGCUCUGAACAACAAAUAAAUUUACAUUAGGGCAACAGUAUGUAAUCAAAAUAAGAGGACUCGAAGCCGAGGUGUUGGAAGAGAUUUUUGGAGUCAUACAGAUAAGAUGUGGACACACCUGGACUAGGCACGAGCAGUUAGAAUCCAUCACUUCUGAGAAGGAACAGGAUCGGUCUGCUGAGACUAGAUCACCCCUGAAGUGAUUUAAAUGAAAUAGAGAAAGAUGCUCUGUCUGGAAACAGGGGAAGAGAGAGAUUCUGAGCAUUAGAGGCUGGCACAUGCAUGGCAUUCUCAGCACACCUUGGAGGAGCCAAGAGAGAACUGAGUCGCAGCAGAGGACGGAGAUACUGAGGAAUCAUCGGCUCCACAGGCAUGUUGGGGAGGAGGAGCCAAGUGGAGGGAAGAAGACUCAAGAAAAGGUCCAGGCCCUGGGCUGAGAUGGAGCAUCAGAAUGGUGUGAAUUGGACGGUCAUUGUCCUGACGUGCCAAUACAAGGACAGUGUCUAUGCCUUUCAGAAAGAGCUCGAGGUGCGGCAAAAGCGAGAGCAGAUACCCCGAGAGACCAUCCUACUCACGGUAGAGGAUCCCGAGGCACAAGUGGGCAGUGGAGGGGCCACUCUCAAUGCCCUCCUGGUGGCUGCAGAGCACCUGAGUGCCCAGGCAGGCUAUACGGUAGUCACUUCGGAUGUCCUGCACACAGCCCGGAUCCUUAUCAUGCACAUGGGCCGAGACUUUCCUUUUGAUGACUGCGGCCGAGCUUUCACCUGCCUCCCUCUGGUGGACCCUGCAGCCCAAGUGGAGGCUCUCACCUAUAACCUGGACCGGCUGCUGGACAUCAUGACACACAGGCUGGGCCGUGGCUCCCCACCAGGUGUCUGGGUCUGCAGCACAGACAUGAUUCUCUCUGUUCCAACAAGCCCAGAGAUCUGCUGGGAUGGUUUCCAAGGAGCCAGAGUGUUCUCUCUGCCUGGGAGUGUGACCUAUGCCCAGGACCAUGGGGUCUACCUCACUGACUCCCAGGGCUGUGUCCUUAACAUUUUCUACCAGAGCUCAGAGGCCCAGAUACAGCAGUGUGCGAGGCCGGAUGGAAGAGUGCCACUGGUCUCUGGCAUUGUCUUUUUCUCUGUGGAGAUUGCUGAGCGACUCCUGGCCACUCAUGUCUCACCACCCUUGGACGCCUGCACCUACAUGGGUCUGGACUCUGGUGCUCGACCUGUCCAGCUGUCGUUAUUCUUUGACAUUUUGCUGUGCAUGGCACGAGAUGUCAACCGUGAGAGCUUUCUGGCUGGUUGGCACCCUGAGGUGGGUCAGGGCGACAUGGAGGAAGCGGGGAACCAACGGAGAGCACGGGCUGUACUGUGGAAGGAGCUCCGGGACCAGCUUCUUAGCCUUGCUUAUAUCCCAGACGGCGCCUACGAUUACAUGACCUUGGCAGCCAGUGCCCACCUCCGCAGCCUGAUGCUUCCCCGGGACCUCUUUGCUCAGGUCGUGCACUCCCAGGUGGAGAAUCCUCAGUUCUUGGAAGCCGGCUGUUCUGUGGUCAAUAGCCUGCUGGAGGGAGAGGUUCGCCUGGGCGCUGGGAGUAUGAUUCAGCAUUGCCAGCUCCAGGGCCCCAUCCACAUCGGCCCCGGGUGCCUCCUGCUCGGUCUGGACGUGGCCUCCUCCAAGGACCUGCACGGCUUGGUGCUGAACGACGUCAUCCUCCAAGGACACCAUAUCCAGCUGCAGGGCACUUCCAUCCAGGUGUUCACUCUCAUUGGGCGCCAAGAUGACUGGCAGUGCCCAAUAUUGGAGAAAGGUACAUAUCUCAAUGUGCCAUGGAAUGAGUUCUUCCAGAGAACAGGCAUCCGGGAUGGAGACAUCUGGGACAUGGAUUCUCAGCCAGCAGAACGAUGUCUUCUUACCGCUCGACUCUUUCCUGUCUUCUUCGCCUCCCGGUCCCCAGGCCCCCAGGAUGUGCUGUGGCUGCUGAACUCCAUUGGCAAAGACUUCCUCCAGGCUUGGAGGGCCGCCUGGCGCAUGUCCUGGAAGCAGCUUCGGCUCCACCUGGACCAGGCUGCCACGCUGGCUUCUCGGCGGGCCCUCUUCUUCCAACAGGCCCAGGGGAAGGUGCGGCAUGUGCUGGAGGAACGUCGAGACCUCAGCCUGCUUCCGCUCAUCAGGGCUGCCACCCAUGAGGGGUACCACGGCCUGCUGCUGACCACACUGGACCAGGUUGCAGCUCAGGCUCAAGAUCCUGGCGUGGCAGCCCGGGCCUUGGCCUGUAUAGCCGAUGUCCUGGGUUGCAUGGCUGGGGGCCACGGGGGUCUUCGGAGUGGACCGGCAGCCAACCAGGAGUGGGCCCUGGCCUUCCAGUACCUGGAGAAAGGAGACAUGGCUAGGGGUGUGGAAGAACUUGCCCGCGAGAGGGACAAGUGGCUGGGCAGGCCGGCCCUGCUGGUGAGAGCUGCCCGCCAUUAUGAAGGGGCCGAGCAGAUCCUUAUCCGCCAGGCGGUGAUCUCUGCCCGCCGCUUCGUGACCUCAGUGCCCGUGGAAUGCCCGCCCCUCGGGCACUGGGUGGUGGUGGAGUGUCCGGCCCGUGUGGACUUCUCGGGGGGCUGGAGCGACACGCCGCCCAUCACCUACGAGCAUGGAGGAGCUGUGGUGGACUUGGCCGUCCUGGUGGAUGGGCGGAGGCCCAUCGGGGCCAGGGUGCGCCGGAUCCCCCAGCCCGAGCUGCAGCUGUCCACGGGCACCCAUUCGGGCGAAGUGUGCCAGAGCCUGGAGGACCUGCGGGAUUACUGUCAGCCUCACGCCCCGGGGGCCCUGCUGAAGGCGGCUUUCAUCUGUGCCCAGAUCGUGCAGCUCCCCUCCGCAAACACCCUGCAGACCCAGCUUCUCCACGGCUUUGGGGGCGGCUUCGAGCUGCACACGUGGUCCGACCUGCCCCACGGCUCGGGCCUGGGCACCAGCAGCAUCCUGGCCGGGGCCGUGCUGGCGGCCUUGUAUCGGGCGGCGGGGAGAGAGGUGGGCACCGAAGCUUUGAUCCACGCCGUUCUCCAUUUGGAGCAGAUGCUCACCACAGGAGGCGGCUGGCAAGACCAGGUGGGCGGCCUCGUCCCGGGCAUCAAGAUAGGGCGAUCGAGGGCGCAGCUGCCGCUGAAGGUGGAGGUGGAAGAGAUCUCGGUGCCUCCUGACUUCAUACAGACCCUCAACGAGCACCUGCUCCUGGUGUACACGGGCAAGACCCGCUUGGCCCGAAACCUGCUCCAGGAUGUCCUGAGGAAUUGGUAUGCCCGGCUGCCUGCGGUGGUAGACAAUGCCCAGGCCCUGAUCAGCAAUGCUGAGGAAUGCGCCCGGGCCUUCUGUCAAGGGAACCUGCCCCUUCUGGGCCAGUGUCUGACCCAGUACUGGGGACAGAAGAAGUGCAUGGCCCCGGGCUGUGAGCCCCAGGCUGUGCGGCGCAUGAUGGACGCCCUGGAGCCUUACGUGUAUGGCCAGAGCCUGGCAGGGGCCGGGGGUGGAGGCUUCCUCUACUUGUUGACUAAAGAGCCCCGGCAGAAGGAGGUCCUGGAGGCGGUGCUGGCUAAGAUGGAGGGCCUGGAGAAUUACAGCAUCCACCUGGUGGAGGUGGACACCCAGGGCUUCAGCCUGAGGGUGCUGGCCAGUGAUGCUUCUGCCUGAUGGAUCCUAGACCCCCAGGCCCUGGUCCAGCCAGGCUCUGUUGUGGGGCCCAGAAGAGAAGAGCCCAAACUUCGUGCUAGGGAGCCUUGGCUUCUUUGCUUUCCUCAUAGGAAGUGGGAAAUGCCAUUCUCUUUAGUUUCUCUCUGGGGACUUGAGACCACUGGCAAGCCCAUUCUUUUUCCUCCUGGACACGGCUGGGAGGGUGUUGGGGAUUCCCCUGUCUCAGCAGACAUCAGCAUGGUCUUGGCUGCAGCCACGAGACUGAAGGACCUCAUCUCAUCUUCCUGUCAUGAGGUGGAGGGCUCAAACUCAGAGCUGGGGCCCACCUUGCUGGCUGAUGACUGUGCUGGUCUCAAAUUUUGCUUUGCAAUGGAAGAACACUAUGAGCAGAGAGAGCUAAUGUGGGACUGAACUAGGGAGUCCCCUCCAUGGGAACAGGCCUUUUAAGAGAACUCUGCUAUCUUUCUCCUGGGUCAUGCUGCUAAUUCUCCAGUCACAAUUCAUUUCUACAAAUUGGGUAAAUGGAUAUUGAUGAGGGCCCUGACCUUCAUUUUUGUUGGGCUGUAGUACCACCAGGCCCACUCCUCCUCUGGCCCAAAUGGAUCAAAGGAGUUUAAAGAAACCUUAUUGCUCAUCUAGUCCAGUGUUCUCAUUUGGUAGGUGAAUCAGAGGUCCCAAAGUCUUUUAGGACAUAGGAUACUGCCUACUGACAGGAGUCUGGCCUGGCCACCCCCUCCUUACCCAGAAAUCAAGCCAGUUGUCCUUAUGCACACCAAGGGGCCUUGUGAAUCCUUGUCUUUUCUUUCCUCCUUCUAGAAUGCCCCUGCUGUUUAUAAGUUUUCUGCAUACUUUGGCCCAGCUACAGAAAAUAUACUAUGGAGGUUAUUGCCCUUCCCUACAGAGGAAGCUGGGCUUCCCUCUCACCAGGCUUCAUAGAACUACUCAUAUAUUAGCAACUUGGCUAGUAGGAGCAGGGAGCAAUGCUAUAGUCGUUUUGAGGCUGGGAUUCAUUCAUGCCAUGCACAAUGAGUAUGGUGGGAUGUUCCCUUCACACGCAGCCAGUCCUCUAGCCUUGAGCUGAAGAAACCGUACAAAGUCAUGGCAAAUUCAGAUUUUAACAAAACAAAUGUUGAGUUGUGUUCUGAAGGGGACACAGGACCCCUGCACAGGUGACCACCAGAACCAGGUCUCUUAGGUUGGGAUUUUUAGUGAUAAUAAACCAAUGAAUCUUUAAA